UACAUAACUUUUGUUAUCAUUUGAUUGAUACGAAAGAAUUGAUGACAACAACUGAAGAAGUGAUGGAUGCGAACAAAAUGCGAACCAUUUUUGAUAAUUCACAGCAUUUGCAUAAAAUGCAGAAAUGUUUGCAACAGAUAAUGGAUUUGUACCGCAAAUGUGAGUCAUCUGACGAAUGGUUUUCAGAUUUUAAGGCCGAACUCCGCAGAGAUAUAUUGUUUACGUUGAACUGCGACCCGAAGAGUCCGUACACUAAGCAUACCAUUGAGUUUGUCGCCAACUUUUUAAGAUCGUUUUCGGCCCCGAAAGAAGUGGUCAACACUGAUGGCGAUACGACCAUCAUUGACGACGAGAUGGCCGAUCUAUCGGCAAAUAAUAAUUCGGAUGCUGAGAAUCGGGAGCCGCAAGACGGCGACGAAUCACAGGACGAGUUGGGUAUGGAAACGUUCGGCAGUGAGUCGUUUACCCGAAAUAAGGACCGAUCGAUGGCUAACACGACUAUUGUUACCGAAGAGCCAACAUUUGCCGAUUUCGUCAUCAAAGAACAUUUGAUUAGAUUUUUGAAUAAUAAGUCAACACAUAUUCGUUACAAUUGUUGUCUACUUAUUCGCAAACUUUUUACCGAAUUAGAGGACAUGGAUAUGGAGGUCUACGAAAAGCUUAAAAAAGCUUUGUUAGAGAGACUGCGAGACAAAGAUAAGUCUAUCAGAAGUGCGGCCGCACUAGCUUUGCAUCGGUUUCAAGAAGUAGACAAAUAUAAAGACAUGGCUAGCGAUGCACUCAAGUUUCAUUUGAAGGGCGAUCCAGACUUCAGAGUCCGACAGUCAUGUCUUCUCGCAUUACAUCCGACUCUCAACUCAAUCGAUGAUUUUAUUAACGCUACGCGUGAUGUCAAAGAUAUCAUUAGAAAGACAGCAUUCAUAUUGAUUGCUGAAAAAUUUGAUAUCAGAAACAUUGGUAUCGAUAAAAGGCUUGAGAUUUUAAAGAAUGGUCUGAAUGAACGACACGCGGCCGUCAAGAAAGUAAUCGAAAUCAAACUGUUGCCCAAUUGGGUGAAGACAUAUAACGGCGACUUUACUGCACUACUCUAUGCACUCGACAUUCAAACGGAUCCACAGCUUAUCGAACGAAUGUUUUAUUUAUAUUUUGAUUUUAUCAACAAAGAUGUCGAUGAAAGUACCGGAAAAACUGGAUUUCAUAAAUUCAUAGAUGAUUUCCGUAACAGAUUUCUUGCAGACUUUAAUUUGUUAACCAAAGAGGACUUAACAGUGGAAAAUUCAUUUCUCUGGCAUAUUAUUGCCAAAUAUUGUAAAGAUAACGAAAUAUCAGUUACUCUAACCAUUAAUAAUGAAAGAUUAAUGACUGACAAUGAAGAGACUGAUUCACAACCUAUAGAGUCUAACGAAGAGACUGUCGAUGCAUUAGAUCUCAUAAUACCUGAUUUACCUCAUUAUUGUAGAUAUCUCUCUAUAUUUGUUAAGCAGAUUCUUGUUCAGCGAUACGAAUUGCAUCAGUUAUUAGAGUUUGAGUUCAUAUUAAAUCAAUUGUUAUCAAUGGGUGAACUCAUUGAGAUUGGAGAUGAGGCUCAAAGACAAAUAUUACGUAAGUGUGUAAACGAUAUUCUGAGCGAUGAAGAUCUCUUUAAGCGCAUUCACAACUAUGUACCGCAUGUGAUGAAAAUAUUUGCUCAAAACACUGACACCAAUAUCUUUUUGGAGACGACACUAGAGAUUAUUGAUGUCAUAAAUUCUAGUUCAAUGGAAAUCGAUGAAACACCAGUUCCCGUUGAGAUUAAUCCCGAAACGAUAGUAGAAAAACUAAGACAAUACGAAGUUGAAUACGCAAAACUUGGUUAUCAAAUAGAAAAACUCAAAGAUAAUAUUGAAGAUACCGAACAAAACGAUAAUUUUUUGAGUGAUAAAAAGGCAGAGAUGAUAGCUGUCAUUCAGGCAAAUAUCGACGAAUUGAAAGCCAAGAAAGAGGAAGUGUUUAACAAACGACUUAACCUGAGUUCAGCACAACCGCCACCAUUACAACAGACACAGCAAAACAAUGAAAAACAAAAUUUAACGGACGACCCGAUAGCUCUCCAAAGAUGUUUACAGAUAUUUGCUUCUUGUCUUGAAUUUGGUGGCUUUAAAUCGGUUAAUGCUGUCGUAUAUACACUUAUUGAACGACUUGUUAUGCCUAGUAUUCCCAAUCAAGAGAUUAUUGUUAGGAAUCUUGCGGUUAAGUGUUUGGGUUUGUCGUGUCUCUUAUCGCAAGAUUUGGCCAAAAAAUAUUUCGGACUCAUUGUACAAGUUUUCAAUUUGGAUUCCGAAUUACCACAAGAAACGGCAUUGAAGUGUAUUUUCGAUAUUUUAUGUUUUUAUGGUUUGAGUUGUUUUGAGGAGAAAUCGAAAUCAAAAAAUUUAAAUAAAAGCCGAAAUAACACUACUGUCUGUAAAGAUGACAAUAAAGAGAAUAAUAGUAUACAUAAUAAUAGCAACUCAGUUGACAACAGUGACGAUGAAGAAGAAGAUGAUAAUGAUAAUGAUCGCACAGUUAUAGUGCACAAUGAAACCAAUGUUUUGUGCAGCGAUUCCGAGGACCAGAACUCCGAUGAUGAAGAACAAGAUGAAGAUAAGUUUAUUAAUUUGUUUACCGAUUUACUUGAAAGAAAUUUGGUCUCCGAAUUGGACUCUAUUCGACUAAUCACUGGACAGGGAAUCGCCAAACUGUUUCUUUUGGGACGCAUGUAUUCGCCACAAUUGUUGUCGCGGUUGUUGAUCAUGUGGUACGACCCGGACUCGGGUGAGGAGUUGCGACAGUUUUUAGGCGUAUUUUUGCCAAUUUAUUCGGGCGUCCAAAUGAAGGCCAACUUGAAAGGCGAGAAUGCGUUUGAAGAGUGUUUCGUUAAGACAAUUGAAACGGUCUAUAAUGAGGCUCUUAAUUAUGUCAAUUUGGAUAAUUUGAUCAAUUUUUUGUUACAAUUAUUAUCAUAUGAGGGACACAAAAAUUUGGCCAAAUCUAUUGCAAAUCAGAUUAUCACUCGUUUUGGUGCCAAUGAUCUCAAUGAUCUUCUAUCAAAUAAAUACUACUUAAGAAUACUUUCGGUGUUGAACUUGAAUGAAAUGGCCACACAUGACAUCAAAGAGUAUAAAUUGUUGAUUAAGAGGAUCGAGAAAUUUGUGAAUAAAUCGAAAAGCAGAACAAAGCUGACUAUGAAUCGGUUGCAAACAAUUAAAACAAAAAUCGAUAAACAAAUGGAUUUAAUUAAAUUAAAUUCGUCGCGAGUGUCGACUAUUGAAAACUUUGAAUCCCUAUCGCUGUCACAAUCAAUGUCACAAAGUUCUUGUGAUGAGUUAUCACAUAUCGAUGAAACACUUUUAAGUAUUAAAUCAUAAACUUGAGACACAAACAGUUUAUUUUAAGUAUUUUUUAUUAUUAUUACCGGUUUUUAUAAGAAUUUAAAAUAUUGUAUAAAAGCAUUUAAAUAUCUGUUUAAAAAAAAUAUUACAUAAGUGGCAGCAUUU